AUGGCGUCAAAGCACUGGACAGAACUAGUCGACGAAAAGAAGAAACGUCAGACAGCCUCGAUUCCAAAGGAAUGGAUCCUAACAAACCUGCCAUCGAAAGACACACUAAAUGUGAUGGACUUUCCUGAGAAGAGUGGCCUGCUCGAUGCGAAGGAAGUAGAGAUUACUAAUUCUGACGUUGAUGCUCUGCUUGAAAAGUUGGCAACUGGCAAGUGGACAGCCGUCGAAGUCACGAUAGCAUUUUCAAAGAGAGCCAUUAUUGCGCAUCAGCUGGUGAACUGCCUUACGGAAAUUUUCAUCGAACGCGCAGUAGCUCGGGCUGCUGAACUGGACGACCAUUUGAAAAGGACAGGGAGGGUUGUUGGUCCGCUUCAUGGGCUACCUAUCUCUUUGAAGGAUCAAGUCAAUAUCAAGGGAUUAGAGUCGACGUUGGGAUAUGUCUCAUGGAUUGGCAAAUUUGCGGAUAGAAAUGCUGUUCUGGCUGAUAUUCUUGAAGCAUGCGGUGCCGUUUUGUAUGUAAAAACCAAUGUUCCGCAAACUCUUAUGUGGAUCGAAACUUUUAACCACGUAUUCGGGCGAACUCUCAAUCCGCAUAACCGUUCACUCACUGCUGGUGGCUCAUCUGGAGGCGAAGCCGCUCUUAUAGGAAAAUCUAUCAGAAUCCCUGCUGCAUUCAAUGGCUUAUAUGGUUUAAGUCCUUCACAAAGACGAGUCCCCUACGCCGGAUGUGUCAACACCUCUGAAGGCCAGGACUCGGUUCUAUCAGUUCUGGGACCUCUAUCGAACAGUUUAUCUGGGAUAAAAAUAUUUAUGGAAGCGGUGUCUAGUCAGAUGGCAUGGCUGAAAGACCCGCUGGUGAUUCGGAAACCUUGGAAUGACGAAGAGUAUCAACUUUCUGACCAUGGACGCGGUGGUCGACUAUGUUUUGCUAUCCUUUGGCAUGAUGGAGUCGAGCUUCCUCACCCUCCUAUUAUCAGGGCACUCGAAACCACGAAAUCAGUUUUAAUACGUGCAGGGCAUAAUGUAAUCGACUGGAAGCCUCUGAAGCACGGCGAGAUUUAUAAAACUUUAGUAGACAUUUGGGCCGCGGGCGCAUACGAGGACUAUCACACCUCCGUUCUCCCUUCUGGGGAGCCGCUCAUCCAGAACAUGAGCACCACCGCUGAGCGCGCGCCGUUCUCAGGGCCGGCUGUACGACCAUUUGUCAAAGCUGAAUCUGUCACCGCGUAUCAGCUAUGGCAGGUACAACGACGACGUACAGAGCUGAGACAGGAGUAUUUGGACCAUUGGAACUCUACUGCUGCAUAUACUGGAACGGGACGACCUGUCGAUGUCAUCAUCUCUCCAUGUGCGGCGCAUGUCGCUCCCCCGCAUGGAAUGGCAAAGACCCCAAGCUAUACCAUGAUAUGGAAUGCACUUGAUUAUACCUCACUUGCUAUUCCCACUGGCCUCUCGGUUGAUGCGGCUUUGGAUGUCAAGAAGCUGCCCCAUACAUUCUUUACAGAGCAGGACAAGGCCAAUUAUGAGUUUUAUGAAGUCGAGAAAUUCAGAGACGCUCCGAUUUCCAUCCAGUUAAUAGGGCGAAAUAUGGAAGAGGAAGCCAUUAUUUCCAUUGGAGAAAUUGUGGAAACUUCGCUAAGGCAUUUCACGUAG